CUCGUUUAACUCCUCAUUCCCUGUUGAGAUCUCGCGCGAUCACCGCUACAAAAUUUUUCGCGGUGCUAUAACUUUGUUUUUCCUUUUUUUUUUUAAAUAUCCAAAAAUAUUAUUUAUCUAUUGAAAAAAAAAAAUUUAUUAAACAAUAUAUAUUUAUAUAUACUUAUAAUUCUUAGAUCGCGCGAGACGCAUCUAAAAAAAAAGAAGCCAGGAUUAAUAAUUAAUUACAAAAAGGAAAUUAACAGAAAAAUCCCCCCCCCCAAUCAAGAGAUCUGAUUAGAUUUUUCUGAUAGUCAUUAGAAUUUUUUAAUAAUAAGAAAAUUUUUUUUAGUUUUAAACGACGUGUAUAGGUGUGUGAAAAGGAAAUUAUAUAAAAUUCAAGUGCAUUUGGAGUAGUGCUGAUCAAAAAAAAAAAAAAAGAAAUUUUUUUUUUUUUUUGAAAUUAUUUCAGAGGCUAUAUAAAAGGAAGAAUAAAGUGUCUCGAGAAAAUGUCGCACAAGAAUCAAGGGACGACGCCGAUACAUGGGGGUAACUUUGCGGAUGAUGAUGAUGAUGCUGUGAAGAGGAGCCAGUGCAAAUGAGAGAGAAAAAAAGGUGUGAAUAUAAAUAUUAUAAAGUGAAGCAGAGAAGAAAAGUGGAAAAAUGGGGAAUUCUAAUAGAGAAGCCGAUGUUGAGAUGAACGCCCUGUCUGCUGCUUUUCCCGGUGAUCGACCGCAUGUCAUGAGAACGCCUAUGCGCCCGAUGAUAGCGGAAUACGACCCAAAGAAGCACGGGGUGAAAACAGAACUGUCAGACAUGGUUCUUGUCAAAUACAAGUGUGAGAGAAAUGAUGUUCCAAUUACGGUUACGAAUGGUUCAACUCUACCACUUGUGGAAAGGCCAAAUGAUGAAGAAGCAGCAUUGUACGAUCCCUUUGAACAUCGUAAACUUGCUCAUCCAACAUCGGAUUGGGAUACAUUGGUUCAUUUGCUUAAAGGAAGUUUGGGAUCCGGGAUCCUUGCUAUGCCAUUGGCCUUUAAGAACGCUGGUUUGUUCGUUGGGCUAUUUGCCACCUUCUUAAUUGGUGCUGUUUGUACCUAUUGUGUACACAUUUUGGUUAAAUGUGCUCACACACUUUGCAGACGUACACAAACGCCAAGUUUAGGAUUUGCCGAUGUCGCUGAGGCGGCAUUUCUUGUUGGUCCUGAGCCAGUGCAAAAGUACGCGAGAUUGGCCAAAGCGACGAUAAAUUCGUUUCUAGUAAUCGAUUUACUUGGUUGUUGUUGCGUGUAUAUAGUAUUUGUUGCCGAUAAUUUAAAGCAAGUUGUUGAUCAUCAUGCUGAGAUUGAUGUGGACAAACGAAUUUAUAUGGCGGCACUUUUGCCAUUUUUAAUGGCACUUUGUCUCAUAAGGAAUUUAAAAUUAUUAGCACCAUUCUCAAUGGUUGCCAAUUGUCUUGUGGCAGUAGGAUUGGGUAUUACAUUUUACUACGUAUUUGAUGAUUUGCCACCAAUAGGCCCAGUACCCAAGUUUGCCAGUUUCUCACAACUUCCUCUAUUCUUCGGAACUGCCAUCUUUGCAUUGGAAGGAAUUGGUGUUGUGAUGCCUUUGGAGAACAACAUGAAAAAUCCAAAUCAUUUUACUGGUUGUCCAGGAGUUUUGAACAUUGGCAUGUUUUUCGUUGUUUUACUCUACAGUGUCGUUGGAUUUUUUGGUUACUUAAAAUAUGGUGAGAGCACAUUGGAAUCAAUCACAUUGAAUCUUGAUCAAGAUCAAAUUCUCGCUCAAUCAGUGAAAUUGAUGAUUGCAAUUGCCAUAUUUUUAACAUACGGUCUUCAAUUCUAUGUACCAAUGGAAAUAAUAUGGAAGAAUUUGAAACAAUAUUUUGGUUCGAGAAAACUUGCUGGUGAAUAUCUUGUGCGUAUUGUUCUUGUUAUAUUCACAGUUGGAGUGGCAAUAGCUGUACCAAAUUUGGGACCACUUAUUUCACUAGUUGGUGCCGUUUGUCUAUCAACAAUGGGUUUAAUGUUUCCAUCGGUUAUUGAAUUGGUGACAUUUUGGGAUGAUGAAAAUGGACUUGGCAAAUGGAAUUGGAAAUUAUGGAAGAACAUUGCAAUUAUAUGCUUUGGUAUAUUGGGUUUUGUGACGGGAACCUAUUGCAGUAUUUUGGAAAUUCAAGCAGCUUACAGUAAACCAGCGCAUUGAGCGCUAAGGGGUGGAGUUAUUCGUGGUGCACCCUUCUCUUCAGAAUGACGUCUGACGAGUCCACGAGAGAGAAAGAGAGAGAGAGUUGUGGUGUCACGUCAUCAAGAGUGAUGCGUUUGCGAGGGUUUUAUAGAGUGUUUGCUGCUAUCAUAUUAUUUUUUUUCCAUCAUACAAAUUUAAAAUCUAAAACGGCUACUCUGCACCUUUCGCAAAAAACAAAAGGCUGCAACAAAUCUAAAUCUUUGCUCCCAGGAGCAGAUGCGCACACUUUUGUACCAUGUUGGUACUCUUAAUGACUGACCGUUUGAACAACAAAAAAAAAAAAAAACAAAAAGUAAUGACAUGGAAUUUAACAUUCAUCGUGACUUACUUUAUGAAAAGUUUUCUAAUUUGAUUAUAAAGAAUCAUGCAGCUCGCUUUUUUUUUAUCUGAUUAUGCAGUGGGGAAAGAAGCAGAAUUUUAACAUCUGAUUAUGUUUGGCUUAAUUUUUUUUUAUGUCAAACUAAAUUAGCAGCGAGCUUCCGCGAAAGCGCACAAAUCCGCGAGAUAUAUUUUCAUUUUUAAAACAACAACGAGAUUCUUUGUGGGGAAAAAGUGAAAUUUUUCAUUCGGUUUUUCUGUACAGAUAUACGAGGAAUUCAUUAUGAAAAUCUUUGUUAUCUCUUUCUCUAUAUCAUCGCCUACAUUUUUUUUUCCAUUGACCAUCUCUCUGCUUCGCAUACAUGUACAUAUUAUAAAUAUAUAUAUACGUAGUUCGAAAGUUUGUGAUUUUGCCUCGCACUAAAGUCGUAGCAAUUUGUCUAUAGUAAUUUUUAUUUUUUUUUUAGAUAUUAGGAUAGGAUCGACAAUUUAACUGAGAGAUUUUUUUUUCAAGAUAAUUUUUUUACUGUUCACAUUGUGUUCCAUUGUAUUGAAAAUUUAUAAAUGCCGAAUACAGAAACAAAAUUUUGAUAACAGAUUUAUAUGUAAAUUUAAUUCUACAGUGGUAUCCCUUGAUUUAAUUAUAAUUUAAAAAUUCAAAGAAAAGUAAUUGCAAAUUCAAUUUUUUUUUAAUUCUGUAGACCUUUUUUUCUGUAAAUAUUCUAAAUCAAGGGAUUAAGCUAAUUGAGAAUAUUUUUCUAAGAUUUAUUAUAUUUUUAAUGAAUAAACAACACAUUGUGACCGAAAAAUUAAAGCAGGAAAUGGCAGGAUACGAUUUUUUUUUUUAGAAAUCGAGACUUUUUUUUUAAAAUCAUUUGUUUGCAUUUGAAAGAAAAUUAGUAUUUUCAUUCUAUUACUUGAAUCUAAAAAAGUAUAUGGCAUUCCAAUGACUACGAUCUUAUCACUCUAUAUAUAUAUAUAUGUAUUAGUCAAAGAAAAGUAUUUUAGUGUCAAGACUUUUUUUUUUUUUAAUAAAAAAGAAAACGAAUGGUAUUUCAAAUUAGAUGUAAUAACGAAAUCAUUUCAUCCAAAGAUUUUAUUUUUCAAAUAUUUUGGUACUAUUCACAGAAAAAUAAGUAUGAAAAUUUGUAUUUUUUUUUUAAAUUUGAUUAAAUUAUGGAGAAAAUGACGAAAAAUUGCUGCUGAAUCUCAAGCUCAGGCAAACUACAUUGUUUUUAAAAGUUGCACUUUUGUACAAAAUACAUGACAAUAUCUGUAAUAUAAAUCUUUUUUUUUUUUUUAGGAGAGAGAGAGAAACGUUAAACCGUGUGUUUAUUUUAUGUGAUAAACUGCGAAAUUGUCAAAUUUUGUUAAAACUAUAUAAGCGAAAAAUUAAAUCAACGAAUUGAAAAUGUAGAAUGAUUUUUGUAUAUUAUAUAGCUAGUCGAUAAUGAAAAAUAAAAACAAAAUACAUGUGAUCGUUUUUGCGUCCGCCUCAAAAUUAUCGCGUGCCUAAGAUUUUUUUUUUUUGGUAUAUUUUAAUAUUUAAAAAAAAAAUUCAAUUUUUUCAAGGUUAGAUUUUUUUAAAACUAUUUUUAGAUUUACAUUAUUGUAAAUUAUGGCAACUAUAUAGUUUUUAUUUUUCUUUUGUUUUUUAAUAGUUUCUAUAAACACACGAAACAGUAUAUAAAAUGAAUUUAUAAAUAAAUGCGAUGGACGCUUUUAUACUCGGGUGGUUUAGUACACCACUAUUAUAUAUAUAUAUAUAUACAUAUAUGUAGACUAUGGUCUUUUUGCCUUUGCUAUUAUAUUGUAGUUGAGGUAUAAAACUGUUAUGCGUAGAAAUGCAGAGAGUAAAUAUAUAAAGUAGGCGGCGAAGUCAAUAUUUCUUGACUGUUCGAUAGCAGUGAUUUUACACGCGAUUGUAGAUAUACAUAUUUUGUGUAUAUUGUUAUUUUAUUAAUCAUUGUACCAUACGUUAUUCUAUUUAAUACAUGAUCAAUCGAUUUGCAAA